GCCGCGCUCCCGGCCGUGCGGAGGACGGUGGUCGGUGCCGGGGUGGUGGCGGGGGGCGUCCCGGCCGCGGCGCGACCAUGACUCUGGAGUCCAUGAUGGCGUGUUGCCUGAGCGACGAGGUGAAGGAGUCGAAGCGCAUCAACGCCGAGAUCGAGAAGCAGCUGCGGAGGGACAAGCGCGACGCCCGCCGCGAGCUGAAGCUGCUGCUGCUGGGCACUGGGGAGAGUGGGAAAAGCACCUUCAUUAAGCAGAUGCGUAUAAUUCAUGGCUCAGGCUACUCUGAAGAGGACAAAAAAGGCUUCACCAAGCUGGUGUACCAAAACAUCUUCACUGCCAUGCAGUCUAUGAUCAGGGCCAUGGAAACCCUGAAGAUUCUGUACAAAUAUGAACAGAACAAGGCCAAUGCAGUGCUGAUCCGGGAAGUGGAUGUAGAAAAGGUCAUGACAUUUGAGCAGCCAUAUGUAAGUGCAAUUAAAACAUUGUGGAAUGACCCUGGAAUACAAGAGUGUUAUGACAGGAGAAGAGAAUAUCAGCUUUCUGACUCAGCUAAAUACUAUCUGAGCGACGUGGAUCGUAUCGCUACCCCGGGAUAUCUACCAACUCAGCAAGAUGUGCUACGGGUUAGAGUUCCUACAACUGGUAUCAUAGAGUACCCCUUUGACCUAGAGAAUAUUAUCUUCAGAAUGGUGGAUGUUGGAGGCCAAAGAUCAGAACGAAGGAAGUGGAUCCAUUGCUUUGAAAAUGUGACCUCCAUCAUGUUUUUAGUAGCACUUAGUGAAUAUGACCAAGUUCUAGUGGAAUCUGAUAACGAGAACCGGAUGGAAGAGAGUAAAGCUCUCUUUCGCACCAUAAUCACUUAUCCAUGGUUCCAAAACUCUUCUGUUAUCCUUUUUCUCAACAAGAAAGAUCUGUUGGAAGACAAGAUCCUAUAUUCCCAUCUUGUUGACUAUUUCCCAGAGUUUGAUGGCCCACAGAGGGAUGCACAGGCAGCCCGUGAGUUCAUUCUCAAGAUGUUUGUGGAUUUAAAUCCAGACAGUGACAAAAUCAUCUAUUCCCACUUCACAUGUGCCACAGACACAGAAAACAUCCGCUUCGUCUUUGCAGCUGUCAAGGACACAAUCCUACAGCUCAACCUGAAGGAGUACAACCUGGUUUGACCUGCUCUGCUCUUGGCCCCCCCCCUCCUCCUUGAGAAGCUUCAUUGUGAAGAAAAGCCAAAAAAAAAAAAAAAAAAAAAAAAAAAAAAUUAAAAAAAAAAAAAGGGAAAAAAAAAAAAAGUUUUAAUUUUUGAUGAUGUAAUGAUUGCAAAUUGUCUGACCUGUGGAGUGGCAAGUGCUCAGUGUUACCCUGGAGUCUCCUGUCUCUGUCCACAGAGUAGUUGAUUUCAUAUUUUUAACAACAAAUUGCUUUUAUCUCACAGUUAACGGGGAUAUGCCUCAUUUCUUCAGCACCUUGCUUACUUCUUCAUUUUUGCCAAACACCUCAAGCAGCCUCAUCUUGAGCUUUCCAGUGUUGCUUAGACACUUUUUUUUUUUUUUCCUCCCCUUUUCAUUCCCCUGGCAUAUGUAGAAAAAAAUAACUUUCCAGCUGAGAUUGUGAAUUCACUGGACUGUGGGAGUGCAGAAUGCUACUUGGUCCCUUUGCCUUGUGCUAUAGGGUGCCUCUGGUGUAAUUUGCUAAUCCUGCUUGCUUUUUUAUUUUUAUUUUCUGUGCCCACCCCCUGCUUUCCCUUCCCCAGGACGUGCCCCAUGGUCACUGUGAUGAAACGUUGGGGAGAGGUGAUUGCUCUCCAACUCUUGUGCAAAAAAAGAAAAAGGCAAAACAAACAAACAAACAACAAAGCCAUCACUUUUCCAUUCUUUAUUAUCUUCUGGUUAUGAGUUAUUUUUUUUCUUAUCAAAUAGAAAAGGUAUGGAGACUGUGAUUUAUUAUUAUUUUUUUUUUUUAAAUUAUUGAUGUUCUAUACAGAGUUUGCUACGUGUUGCUAUGUUUUGUUCAUGGACUACAAAUGAUGGAAGCUCUUGGAGCAAUAGCUGCUGAGCCUGGGGAAGUGCCUGACUGUAAUUGCUUUUAUUUUUAUUUUUAAUUAUUUUAUUCUGUGUUUCUUGUUUCCCACACUUCCUGCCCACACCACGAGUGCACGUGCCCACGAGGCUCAGUUUGCAGGGAAACUUUUGUUGAGUGUGUGACCUGGAGUGAGCAACUUCUCUAUGCAGCAGAUAUCAAAAGCACACUGAGUAAUUGUGGCAUUUCAACAUCAGACUUUGGCUGGAUUGAAAAAAAAAAAAAAAAGUCUUUUAAGUCUCAUCCCACCCUCUUGUUCUUUCCUUGCUGCUGGUAGCAAAAAAAAAAAAAAAAAAAAAAAGAAAAUAGCAAAAAAAAAAAGGAAAAAGGAAAAAAAAAAAAAAAAAAGAAAAAGAGCAGAAAAAAAAGCUUUGUUUAUUUCAUCUUUGUGCCAGUGUGUUGAAUGACUUUGUAAGAAUUCCUCAGUCCUGUUCAGCUUGCAGGUUUCUAGGAAGGAGCAGGGCUGGUGGUGACAAGCUUUGGGACACAGGUAGGGUUCUUGAGGGCAGCUGUUGGAGGGAGCAGCAGUUCUCUCUCUCCUCUUCAUGCAUUCCCCUGAGGCUUGUGCUGCUGUGUUCUUCUCUAGAGGGUUGUGGAUCCUCUUUGGAAGACUUGCACACACAUCCCUGCUCCAGGGUCAGGAUAACUGAGUUGCAGGAGUCAUGGCUGGAGCACAAAGCUGCUCUGGAGCCCUGGCUGGGCUUGAGCAGGAGAGCUGAGACAGGCAGCAGGGUUUGCUGGUGCAGAGUGGAAGGAGUUCUGGAUUCUAGGUGCCAAAUGAAACUCCACAAAGCAGAAGCAUGUGAAUGAAGCCUUUGCACAUUGGAGAGGUUUUUUUUUCCAGGAGCUUAGGCAAGGGAACAAAUGUGCUGAAGGCACAGCCUGGGAGAGAACUGAGAGGCAAGGUGAGAAGUGAGUAGGGAAGAGGGAAAUCCGACCCAUGUGUUGUUCAGCCAUCACUAAUGCUUCUGUGUCAAUUCCAGCGAGUAGCAUUGGGUCCAAAAAUUCUCUGGAUCAACCAGAUUGCCCCCUUGAAGGCAAGCAGGCUGCCAGUAGAUAGAAACUAAAUGGGCUGCACUGUUGGAGGGGGCUGUGAUAUUUUGUCUCUUUUGUAGACAGAGCACUACAUCAGUGUUUUGCACAACAUGUAAGAGUAAAUCUUAACUGUCUGACAUGCUUAAGAUGCAUUGAUCUAGAACACUAAAGUAUGGAGGGACAUAAUUUCUGCAUAAUUCUGUUUAUAGGUCCCUCUUGUUUUCCAGCAUAGCUGAGGGAAGCCUCUGUAUGGCUUGGAGCACUCCAGAAUAGAGCAAGCUCUGCUAAGAGUCAAUAAAGAGCUCAAGUUGGAAGAGUAGCCAUGGGACCAAGAGCUGAAGAGCCAGUCUGGCUGAGCAGUGAUGCUGAGGGAAGCACAGCAUCUGUUUAGCCCAGCCAUGCUCUGGACUACACUGGGAGGAAUGAGAGGGAUUCCCAUGUGUCAGACAGCUUUGCAUCAAUUUUACUGCUUUUUUUGUCUUUAUGAUGCCAAAAUGAUCCAUUUUGUAGAAACUGUCCUAUAAGGAGGAAUUUAUAAUCAUCUUCAUGUACUCUAAGAGCUGUUCAUCUGAAGCAGAUGGCAGUACCAGCCCCUUCUGCUUCUGUGAUCCUCUUGUAAAUGGUUCACUCUACAACUACUGCCAGCGACAGACCUGGCACUGAGUUACACAGGUUCUUGGAAAUAACUUCCCAGAAGUUUUGUUGUGUUUUGUUUUUCCAAGGUGAAUGAUGGUGGUACUUCCACUUGAAUCAGAAACUUCUGUUUUUGUUUGUUUCUUUUGUUUUGUAUCCUCUCUGUCUUUUUAAGAGCUGCUGCCCUGGCACAGGAGGAGGGAUUUUGGCUUCUGGCUCCUGCAGAGGGACUCUGCUUUGUUACAGGCAACUUUGGGAGGCCAUGGGCACAGGGGUUGAGGUGUGAGCUCAGUGGAGCUGUUGGCUUGGGGACUGACUUGGGGUGAUGGUCGUGGCAAAGGGAAGGGGAGGACGUGAUGCCCUGGCUGUCCCAUGAGCUCCUGAAAGCUCAUUCUGAAUCUGAGGAGGAAUGGGUCAGACUUGUACACAUAAUCUGGAGUUGUCUGUGGAAUUUGUUGUCUGUGAGAAGACAGCAGUGUAAUUAGCACCUGCUUUUCUUAGCAAGCUGCAGCUUCUGUGCCUCCAGCUUGGCCAGUGAAGCAUUCCUGCAGAGCUGGUUAAUGUCUCUGUUGGCUGGCCCUAGCAAAAGUGCCAAACCUUAAACCAGAUUUGCCUAUAUCAUCCUGUCUGAAAGUGAGGCCAGUCAGAGUUUUCUGCAGGUUGAGACACCAGAUUGACCUCCAGAAAAGAGGUGGGAUCGGGUUCUUACAGAGAAUCUAGAAUCCGAGGUCUCUUGGCUGACCUCUGCUCCUUGUGCACUUUUUAUCUUUGUUCUGCUGAAGAAACCAACAUACUUUGAACUAGGCUGAAACUUGAAGUCAGUGAGGAGACCACCAUCCCAUUUCUUUGCACCAUUCUGUGUGGAUUGGCUGCCUGGGGAGCAGCAGAGUCAGAUCCCCCCCCUGCCCCUCCUGCCUCUCCCCUGCUCCCAGAGUUGGAUUCUUUGGUCUCUUGUUGUUGUUUCAUAGCACUGUUGGCCUUGCAUUCAACUAUGGUUUUUCUUCGUGUGUUUUAUUGUUUAUUUUUGGGUUAUUUUGUUGGGUUUUGUUUGUUUGUGUUGUUUUUUUUUGUUUUAAAUACUUCCGGAGUGUGCUGACCAUUGUAUGUACUGUACAGAGCCCAGGUUGUUAGAGUCCAGCAGAGAUAAAGUGUGUUACACAGCACCCAGUUUUAUAAGAGUAUGGUUUGUGCCAAUGCCCCUUCUUUAGUAGUGCCAGAGACUCUUUACAAGUGCCAAUGUGGUGGAAAUUAUUUGGUUAUACUUGUAUAUUAUAGGAUCCUGAUUUAAGACAAUUUAAACAUUAUCCUAUUUAAAAAGAUACUAUAUAAAAUGCUGUUUUUAAACCUUGUCAUUUGCAAUGCAUGUAUUGUUGUGUGUGUUGGGGUGGGGGGAGGGAAGAGGGUAGGGUAAAGGAGUUUCUGAAUAAGAUGUCCAGUGUCAGGAUCUAUUCAGGCUCCAAACUCUCUCAUUCCAGUCCAGGAGUGUGAUUGUUUCUUGGAAUGAUCCCACUCUGACUGCUGGGCAAACAACCCUUACUACAGAAAUAUCUGAUGGAAAUUGAUUUUCAUAUCUUUCUCCUGAAAUAAAUUCUCUGUUUGAAAUUGGAAUAAAUUUUGUUCC